GUUAUUGGUUAUUCAUAAGUAAUCUUAGAUCAUAUCCAUGAAAUUGAUUCAUAACGAUAAUUUUUUGUGAAAUUUACGUGAAAUUGCAACAAGAGAGUGCAAAAUAAUUUUUUUAAGUACUUGUUUCAUGUAUUGCAUCUUCUAAAAAGAAUGUGACAUUAAUACGAAUAAAUAUAGCACAAAUUUAAAAUAGUAUAGAGAUGCGUAAACAUAACAAAGCUUUUAAACAAAAUUUCUUUUAUAGUAAUCUGGUAUAAUCCAUAUUGAUUUUUACUCACAAGACUUUCAUUUAUCAAUCUAAUAUUUCUUUAUAAUACAGAUAGUUUAAUUCUGUAUUUAGUAAUUUCUAGUGAUUUUUAGAACACUUCUAAGAUAUACAAGUUAUCUGUCAUUAGACAGAAAAUAAAUAAAAAAUUUAUAAAAAGAGAGGAAUCUAUUCCUUAUUUCUAAUAUUGAACAAAUAAGUAACUACAAAAAAAGUUAUUGAAGAUGUUUUCGAGCGGUCCUAAUUACACAAAACUGAAAACACACCUUAGGUUAGCUAUAAACAGAUUGAAGCUUUUAGAAAAAAAGAAAACAGAAUUAGCUCAAAAAGCACGAAAAGAAAUAGCUGAUUACAUUGCGGCUGGAAAAAUUGAAAGAGCAAAAAUUAGAGUGGAACAUAUUAUAAGAGAAGAUUAUAUGGUAGAAGCUAUGGAAUUAAUCGAAAUGUAUUGUGAUCUCUUACUUGCCCGCUUUGGCUUAAUUCAACAAAUGAAAAAUUUAGAUGAAGGUCUAGCAGAAGCUAUUUCUACAAUAAUUUGGGCUGCACCUCGUAUUCAAACAGAUGUACAAGAGAUAAAAGUAAUUGCUGAUAUAUUAACUACUAAAUAUGGAAGACAAUACACGGAAGCUUGCAAAGAAGAAGCUAUACAAACUAUAUCUGAGAAAUUAAAACAUAAAAUGAGCGUACAGUCUCCAUCUAAACUUUUAGUAGAAAAAUAUCUAAUAGAGAUUGCAAACAAUUAUAAUAUAGAAUAUGAACCAGAUCCUCAAAUAAUGUCAGAAGGAGAAGAUGCUGUAUUAAUAGAUAUUGGAAGUAACAACGGCGAUUCUAGAAAUAAUUUAGAUCUUGCUAGUGGUGGUAGUAAUGGACCACAACCAGCUGGAUUUAUUGGCUUUCCACAGCCUCCUCUGCUACCAGAUCCAAAUAUAAAUGUAAUGAAUUCUGAGAAAGGAAGUGCACCUAUAGGAUUUGUACCUCCAAUGGGACCUGCUACUUUCUCAGAUAAAGAUCAAAACACACCCUUCAAUCCUGCAGCAUUUUCAUAUAAUAUCCCAUUAGAUAAUGCUAAUACAAAUAAGCCUGAAGAUGAUUUACCACCUCCAUAUGGCUCAUUCCCACCUGACUUAAAUAAACAAUCUGAUGAAAAACCAAAGCCUCAACCACGAUCAAAAAUUCCAAUGAGUAAUUUUCAACUUCCCGAUCUACCUGCUGUACCAUCAGGAAGUGAAUUACCUCAAAAUACAUCUGAAAAUGAUGAUAUAGAUUUUGAUGACCUAAUGAAACGCUUUGAAGACUUAAAAAAAAGGAAGUAACAGUAAAACAUUUGAUAUAAUAAUUAUAAUCAAAACAUAUAAAAGUAUACUAUACUUUACUGGUUACUAUAAUAAUUUACAUAAAUGUAAAGAUAAUAUCACACUUUUGAAUAUUAGUAAAUAAUAUAUAGAGAUCUAUAAAAUAAAAUCUAUAUAAAAUAAUACUUUUUAACAGAUGCUAAUGUUUUUAUAAACGCAAAAUGUAGGAUAAUAUUGUUGUAAACAUUUCAAAUAAAUAUAUACAGUUUA